AUGUCCGAGGUCUUUUCUGCUCAACCUGAGCACGGCGACAUGGAACAUAAGGUUGAUCGCCACUAUGUGGAGUCCCUGGAUGGGGAGGCUCAGAAUGCUCUUAAAUGGUCUUCUGUCAAGGCAGAAGCAGAGCGCGAUGAGGACUAUCAACAUAGCCUGACGCUCGCGCAAUCACUACGGAUCUACAAGUCCGCCGUGUUCUGGUCCAUUGUGGCAUCCUUCUGCAUCGUUAUGGAAGGGUAUGACACGCUUCUUUUAGGGUCUCUGUUCGGACUUCCAUCCUUCAAGGAACACUUUGGUCACAAUUACGGAGGCAAAGCGGGUUGGCAGAUUCCAGCACCGUGGCAGGCGGGUCUGCAACAAGGGGCCAAUAUCGGAUCUUUUUUCGGAGUCUACCUUGCCGCUUUAGAGGUCGACAGAUGGGGUUACAAGAAGACCAUCCUCGGCAACUUGGCCUUCCUCAUUCCUCUCAUCGGACUCGUAACGUUUGCGCCGAACAAGGGAGCUUUGCUCGCUGGCGAGAUCCUCUGUGGUAUUCCAUGGGGAGCGUUCUCAACGCUUGCCGAAGCCUACGCAUCAGAGGUCUGCCCAUUGUCACUCAGAGGAUACCUGACGACAUUCGUCAAUCUAUGCUGGGUCAUUGGCCACCUCGUCGGCGCUGGCAUCCUUCGUAAAGCAGCAGCCAUGGACGGUAUCUGGGCUUUCAGAAUGCCAUUCGCUGUUCAGUGGGCCUGGCCAAUUCCUCUGUUUGUCAUACUCUUGUUCGCACCUGAAUCGCCGUGGUGGCUCGUCCGUAAAGGACGGCUUGAGGAGGCCGAGCGAUCGGUUCGAAGACUCGCUCCAGCCCAAGAGAAGGACCAAGCCAAAGACUCAGUAUCUGCCAUGGUCAGAACCAAUCAACUUGAGAUCGAUGCCAGUUCCGCAAACACAAAUUGGCUCGCAUUGUUCAAGGGAACAGACCGACGCCGUACGGAGAUCUCUGUCGUCACUUGGACCUCUCAGAUCCUCUGCGGCCUUCAAUUUGCCAACUACUCGACCUAUUUCUUUGAAGAAGCCGGCCUUUCCACCCUUUACAGCUUCGAUAUGACUAUUGGACUCUACUCUGCUGCCUUUGUGGGCACUUGUCUCAGUUGGGUUUUGAUCUCUCACAUUGGUCGGCGGGAGAUCUUCGUUACGGGUCUUGGUUGUCUUGCAGUAGGACAAUUUCUCAUUGGCGGAUUAUCCGUAGCAGCGGAUCAUGGUGACAAUGGCGCGAGAUGGGGCCAGGCUGGCCUGAUGGUUGUUUGGCUGUUCACAUAUGACUUGACGGUCGGUCCUCUGGCCUACGCCAUUGUCGGAGAGACGUCUGCCACGAGGUUGAGGAACAAGACCGUCGCACUCUCACGGGCAAGUUAUAAUGUCUUUUCUGUUGCUUUCGGUGUCAUGAUGCCUUACAUGCUUAACCCUACGGAGUGGGGCUGGAAGGGCAAGAUCGGGUUUUUCUGGGGACCUAUCUGCGCGCUCUGCUUCUUAUGGGCAUACUUCCGUCUGCCCGAGAUGAAGGGACGGUCGUACUACGAGCUCGAUAUCCUCUUUGAGCGCAAAAUCCCCGCGAGAAACUUUGCAACCACAUUUGUUGAGCACGAUGCGGACGAAAAUUAUCGUCGCGAAAGGGGCGUGACGACGAGAGAAUAG